AUGGGUUUUAUAAAAAAUGUUGGACCAGAUGGUCAAACGCGACAAGAACAACGUAUACAAGAUCAAAUGGAUAAUAUUCAUGCUGGAUAUUUAACAUUAAUUACAUACAAUAAUUAUUGGUAUAACCACUAUAUUAAUAAUCAAACUACACAACUUAAUCAACAAGCUGUACAACUUCAUAAUGAACAAAUGGAUGCUGCUCGUUAUAUCAUCAAUCAGAUGUUGGAUAUUGUUGAAAAAAAUUAA